AUGCUGAGCGGCGCCUGCUGCCGCCUGUCCUCUGCGUUGCGGAUCUUCCGCGCGCCGUGGCCCGCGGUGUGCAUAUGGGAAGCCGCUCAGGUGACGCGGGCCGCGGCCUCCUGGAGCGGGGCGGGUGGGCCGCGCGACUUCCCGCAGCCUCGCGGGGCCUUUGCGCUCAGCCCGGUGCUCCGCGCCGCUUUCUCAGGGCCGCCGGCGGGGCCCGGCCUCACGCACUCGCCGCCGGAAAGUGGGGACCGGGAGCCGGUCUCCCCCACCGAACCCCACUCCCGCCCGGUCGUCCCGGAGGACUGCAAAGCAAGAAAGAAAAUCCAGCUCUUCCAGGCAUCUUCUCUUCCACAAUUCAUUUUGUCUUUUCCUCCUCUCAGAUACGAACCAUCAACCCAUGAACUGAUUAAUGAAGAGCUGGGAAUCGCCUAUCCAGUCAUCGAUGGGGUUCCUAAUAUGAUACCGCAGGCAGCCAGGAGGACACAAAAGAGUGAGAAGCAAGAGGAAAUGCAGCAGCACUAGGUCAUCCUUUUCAAAGAACACAGUGACAACGGGAUUUUCUUUGCACCACAUACUCUUUAAAGCACAGUGGUGUGUGAUAAGUGGAGGACAAGGAUGUUCCUGUCUCUUCCUACGUUGACUGUUCUCAUCCCACUGGUUUCAUUAGCAGGACUGUUCUACUCAGCCUCUGUGGAAGAAAACUUCCCCCAGGGCUGCACCAGCACAGCCAGCCUCUGCUUCUACAGCCUGCUCCUGCCGAUCACCAUUCCAGUGUACGUGUUCUUCCACCUCUGGACCUGGAUGGGCAUUAAACUCUUCCGGCAUAAUUAAUGCAGCCAGAGCCCAGGUGUGUGUGUGUUAAGGCUAGAUCUCAGGCAUCUGUCUCUGAAACCUCAGCUAGAUGGAGCUACUGAGACCCAGGAUUUAGUUUGCAGGAAAGAUGUUCUGCCUUGUGUACAUCAGACCUAAGACUAUGAGAGGUUUAAGUUGCAGAAAUACUUUAUUGUAUUCUUGCUCUGCUCUUGUUUUUGGAAAGUUCUGACUUAUUAACUACUGUAUCAGAAGAAACAUUUUGACAAAGUAUCUUGUUGGAAAAUAACACCCAGUCAUCUCUGAUGACUGUUUCUAAUCUCAUUCAUCUAAAAGUUAUUUGAAGUUUUGUUUGUUUAGCUUCAAGGUCUUUGGUAAAGUCACACAUUAGGGAUGACUGAAAUAAUUUCAAAGAAGCUGUGUUGAGAUAGUUGUAGAGAAAUGCCUUGAACUAGUGUGGUAUAAAACCACGUAAUAAAAUGGAAAUUUAAUGGACUUAGAAAAAUUCAGAGUUUGUAAAAUUCCCUUCAUUUCUUUGGCAUCAAAUGCUUACAUUAACAAUAAAGAUGUUCACAACACCCAUAAA